CUCAACUGAUAACGCUAAGCCGAGCUUAGCAGCCUCGUCCAUAUACGCCAAGCACACGGUCGGCUGGCCGGCCGCCGCCGCCGCAGCCACCUCCUCCGCACCUACUGCUGGUCGUCAAGCGCUAGCUUGGCGUCCAAUCCAGCCUGCUGCUCGCUCGUGUCCAUGUCCUUCUCCUCCGACGGCGGCCUGUGCUUCUCCGGUUGCCUCGAUGGAGUCGAGGAGCUCCGCGGCAUCGUGAUGUAGAUGGUCCACGGCGGCUACAUGAAGGGCCUCGUCCAAGCGUUCGGCGUCGUCGCACUGCGGAGGCCUCGGCCCCGGUCACUAGCCCCGUGGAGCUCCUUGUGGGGAGCUGGUUCUCGGAGCUGGACAUUUUUCGUGUUCAUCCUCUUCUUCUUGAUGUUUUUCUUUUUCUACGAUUUUCAGGGUAUUUUUGGUGCGAUUUUUGAUUCGAGAGAUAUACUGCAUCUUUUCGCAAACUUCUUUUUGGAUCUGUUAAUCCUUGAAGCUCGGUCCGGUUCAACAGCGCGCAGGGGAGAGCGUGCGCCGCGCAGCGCAGGUGCGCGUGGCUCGCGCGAGGCAGGCAGCCUCGGCCGGCGGGCAAGCGGCGGCGCGCUCAGCAGCAAGCAGAGGCACGUGCGGCAGCACCUGGAGGAUGGCUGCGCCUCCCUCCCCCCUCCUCGAUCUGAUGGAGAGCUGGAUCAAAGCUCUCAAGACCAUGGUGCAUGGUGCAGAUGCUUUGCAUCACGCGGCUGGAGCUACGCAUCAAGUGGAUGGCCUCCGGCGGCGGUGUCAGGUACUUCCUGCUGCUGACCACCGGGAAAGUGGCGGAGCGCGAGCAGGAGGCAGCCCACUCGUGCGAUUCGCGGAGGCGAGUGUCCUCAGGAUGCUUGAUUUUGUGGACACCGUUGCCGACGCCGCUCUAAAUGAUGACCAGGCGGCGGCGGAGACGCUCCCGGGGAUGCUGCAGGUGUACACCUACGUCGUGGAUGACUCGCCAUCGCCGGCCGUCCCGGCCGUGUUCAAAGAGGCUCAGGGCACCGCCUCCAUAUUCGAUGCCAUGAACGGCGUCUUCCUGCGGAAGAGGAGCAAGCUGAGCGACGCCGUAUGGAGCAUGGUGGAGAAGGUCAGAGCUUCCUUCAUGGCGGAUGACUGCCGGAGAAGAAGGCGUGGAGGCGGCGGCGGACGCGAAGGGCGGCGGCCGGCCGUGUGCUUGGCGUAUGCUAGCGAAUGGACGAGGCUGCGUAAGGUCGGCUCGGCCUUAUCAGUUGAGCCAAAGCCAUGUAAUCGGCUCAACACAUAGAAUACAGUCUGUAGGUGGGCCAACGUUGCCAGAAGCGUAGAAAAUGGUACGAGCCAGGUAGAGGAGAAAUAGUAAUGGCAUAUUUCGAAAUAGACGAAUAAUAAUGGCAUAACUCUGAACUUGCAAAAUUGUAAUGGCAUAAAUCCAAUUAACCCUUGAAUGAGUGGGUGAGGGUGGGAAGGCACGGUAAGUAAGGUAAAAAGAGGAAGAAGGAGGAGCCUGUGCAAUUCACGGACACACAGAAACAUGCGACAACCUUUUCCCUAUUUGAGUGGGGACAGGUGGGAACGGGAGACUUUGGCACCAGCCGUCUGCUGUCCAAAGCAGUGGAACACAAGGGAGACGCGGACCCAACAGGAGCACAGCAUGGGAAUGCAUGGA